AUGACUUCUCUCCUGAGAUGGGCCAAAGCCACCUUUCGAAGAGUUCCCUCCCCUCCCCUUUGUUUUCCGACCACUGGUUUCGAAACACUGAGUGGGCCUGAGCUUGAUGAGGAACGAUUUGAAGGGUUCAAGAAAGGACGAUAUUAUCCUAUCAACAUUGGGGACGUCUUGAGUUCCAGAUACCAGAUCAUCGGUGAACUGGGAUUUGGGGUUACCUCCACCGUAUGGCUCGCUCGUGAUCUCAAAGGCCAUAAAUAUGUGACGGUCAAGGUGUAUACGCGUGAUGAAACUAACCAAGCAGAGUUUCGGAUUUACAAGUAUCUGAGUCAAGGAGAUCCGUCGCACCCUGGUUAUGCCCAUGUGAGAAAGGCCCUAGAUGCGUUUAUCAUUCCUCGCCCCGGAGGUGGCCAUCACUGUCUUGUACAGAAGCCCAUGUGGGAGAGUUUCAAAGAUCUACUCUAUCGCAAUCCCAGUCAUCGAUUUACUGAGGACCUACUCAGGGUUGGCCUUAUGCAAGUUUUUCUUGCGCUUGACUACCUGCAUACCGAAUGCAAGCUUGUCCAUACAGACAUCAAGAGUGAUAACAUCCUUCAAGAAAUAGAGGACACAGCGAUCCUUACAAAAGCUGAAAUGGAGAAUCCUUCACCACGAAAGUUUGUCAACAGGAAACCAGUCUACCCAAUUAAUAUAUGGAAUGUUGGCGUCAUGGUCUGGGACUUGUUUGAGGGCAAGCACAUGUUCCAUGGCAAUGAUCCUGAUGGGAAAGGGUAUUCCACCCGUGCGCAUCUUGCUGAGGUGAUUGGCAUUCUGGGGCCGCCUCCCUUGGAUAUGCUUGAGCGUGGACAACGGAGCCUUGAAUUUUUUACUGAAGACGGUAUGUAUUAUCUGCCUUUCCCCUAA